CUGGAGUUUGGAUAUGAACGAUUAUAUUGACACUCAAAAUGUACUAGUAGCGACAUGGCUAAAAUCAAUUAAAUUUCAUUAUUAUGAUAUUUGCAUUUAAACUGUUGACGGGAGAAUAUCUUAUUAACCAAUAGGAGUAUGCCAGCAAUUUUUUAACUUGACACUGUACAUGUGUGCCUUGGAAACAAAACACAGCCUUUAAUUAUAGUUAUAUUAACUUCAGUCAGUGAAAACCCCAACAUGAAAGUGAAAAAUUCAUUUCAAUUGUUCAAGUGAUUGUGUAAGGAUAACAAUGAACAUAUUCUUCCUGGUCGUGUUUCUCGUGCGUGUCAGCAGUUUCAUGGCGUACUGGGGCCAUCUUCUUGUGCUGUUUGAGCGCCUGAGACUUGUAUCAGGAGUGUGUCGAUCCUACUGCUGCAACGAAUCUGGGGGCUUGGCUGUAAAACCAGGUCCUAUUUAUAAUGAUCCUGAUGAGCUUUUAAUACCAAGUGCGAUAAAUUUUGACCCUGCUAUGUUAGAUUUUCACGACCAGCCUGUUGGUAUGCCGCGGAUGGAACAAGUUACCGUUCACAACACAGAUGGAAAAAAUAAUUUACAUUUACUCUCGAUAUCCGGGAGUACAGCUCAUUUUCACUGUUCAUUUUUUCAAGAUAAAAUAGUCCCACCCGGAGGGAAUACGACAUUUGAUGUUGUUUUUCUCGCCCGACAAGAAGGGAACGUGGAAAAUACUUUAUAUAUCCAUACUUCCUUGGGCUCUUUUAAAUAUCAGGUUUUUGGGGUAGGAACAGCAAAUCCAUACAGACUUCGGCCAUAUUUAGGAGCCAGAGUUCCGGUCAACAGCAGUUUUGCACCUCUGAUAAAUAUGCACAACCCUCACAGUACAACGCUUCAGGUGCUAGAGAUAUUUUCCAGUGAGGGGGAUUUACACUUGGAGCUUCCAACGGGGGAAAAAGAGGCACCACGGUCUUUAUGGGAGAUUCCUCCCUACGAAACUAAGACGAUAAUGAAGGCCAACUUCGUAGGGAGGACGGAAAAUAACCAUACCGCCUUCAUACGAAUUAAAACAGAUCACAAAAAAGAAAAACAGUUACUAGUUUUACCCAUGGAGGUAGAAGUGACUUCAACUCCCGGUAUAUAUUUAGCAACAGAGUUGAUAGAUUUUGGAAUAGUGCGGACUUUUGACGAGCCCAAAACUGUUCCAGUGAAUUUAAUCAACACUGGGCGUUCCGUGGUGCCGAUAUCAAGUGUGACUGUACAUCCCCCAAAUGAAGCAAUAUCUGUAGACUUUCGACCAAUUAAAUUGCAGCCGGAUCUAUUGCGACAGACUACAGUAGCGCGUAUAACUUUUAGAGCAUCCAAAGCCAUAAAUCCGAAGUUUUGGUCAGGAAAGAUAAUAAUACGGUCAAAAAACAAUGUCCAUAAAAUAUCAAUACCUUACGAAGCAAAAGUUUUACAUGGGUCGCUGACCUACCACAAGAACAGCACGUUCUUUUUUGCCCACAACCAUCCAUUAAACCACAGUCGCUACCUGCUGUUUACAAACACAUUCAACUUUUCUCUUGUGCUUUAUAAUGUGACCCUCCCGCCAGAGGUUCAUCACAUCUUUUCUAUCUGGAACUUUACAAAGCCUGUUUUGUUGCCUCCACAGCAGCACAUAGCUCCGUUUGUUCUGCGUUUUCACACAUACUUACCCUCGCUUCACUUCAAGACCGUCCUCAGUCUCCAUACUAACGCUUCAAUAUUUGAAAUUCCACUCAUUAUUUAUAAUGGGCAGUUAAAAAUAAAACCCCAUGAUCCCCAGAAAUUAGAAGGCCAGUUAGAUUUUGGUACAAUGGGGGUUAAAGAAAAUAGAAGUGUAUUGUUUACACUCAUAAAUGAUAAUCCAAUAGAGCUGUAUUUGUAUGAGUAUAGUACAGAUAUGAAAGGAGCGUCAAUACAGAUUUUAGGGAUCGAGAGAGGGAAUGGUACUGUAUUGACGAGACAACACAAUAUCUCCGCAGUUAAUACAGACCCUGUGAUGAUACCACCAUACCACUUUGCGGUGCUCAGUUUAAAACUGGUGGCUCCAGAAGAGGAAGGGCAGUAUCAAGCAGAAGUUAUUAUUGCCACACCUUAUCAGGACACAUUUAUACCAGUAACAGUGAGAACAUCCGAAGGCAGUUUACAUGCAAUACCAGAGAGGGUGGUUUUUGACAAAGUUUUUCCUGGAAAAAUCCCCAUGAAAGUACUACAGGUCCACAGUACGUUUCAUGACUAUAUGGGGCUGAAGUCAGUGCUAUUUCAGCCCGCGGAUCCCAGGUUCUACUUUGUCAUGAACAAGAAUGAAUACGAGGCAGUAACGGGCGAUAAGAUGCUGGUUCUGGAGCCACAAACCAAUAACACUAUAGGAAAAAUAUUUUACGACUUUAAAAAGGAGUGCAGAGAAGAGUGUUAUGUAGGUAUAUCAACACAAACGCCCGCAGGACAUCGAUGGGCGCAGGGUCUAGAGUUAGAUCGGGAAACUCCAGAGACAGACGAGUACCUAUAUAAACACCUGCGAGAUCGCUGGCGGGUGAUACAGGAUCAGGGCAAAGACAGAGUAAAUGUUACAAUAGAGAUAGAUACAAAUACAGUUCAGGGAUUUUUAUUUUCUGCUCACGUGCAACAUCACUGGCCAGACAUCAUUAGAAAAUGUAGAUCUCGAUUCAAGUUUCCACUCACACAAAUAGGAAAUAUGUCAACGUUAGAUAUACUGUUAGAGAAUACAGGUGACAUCCCUGUGAUUGUACAGGUGGUGCCUUUACACCUGUAUCCCAAUCCUCAAACCAUCAUAGAUCUCCUUAAACAUGACUUACCAUCUCAUUUUUCUGAGUAUGUGGAGACAGAUGAUCCAGACAUUUUUUCACUGUCAGAACUGGCCGAGUUAAAUGCCAGAGUAGACAGUGCGGUGAAUAGAUAUCGUCAACAUGUGGAUAGUACACUGGGCGUAGCUUCUCAUCGAAAAUCACUUACAGUCAGCCUUGAAAAGGGCGCAAAGGUCAAGGUGCAGAUAGGAUUUACCCCAAAGGAUGAUAUUUUUAGAACUUCAUUAAUUAUAGUUAGGAACAAUUUAACAAUAAUUGAUGCUGUGGUAUUAGAAGGCCAAGGUGGAAGAGGGGAAUUAAAACUCAACAAUAAAAAGCCGGGAAUAUCAUCGCUACAGUUUGACAUUGCUGAGAAGCAUUUGAAAUACUGUGAUAGGAGAAAACACAACAAAAAUACAAUACCCAAUUUUACCGUGAAGAGAUCAUUCACAUUACGAAAUACUGGAGAACUUCCGUUUUAUGUUCAUGGCUAUAACAUAAAUAAUGUUCAGUGCGAAGGGUAUGGGUUUAGGGUUUUAGAUUGCACAGGGUACGAAAUGAAGCCCAAUUCAAGCAGGAAGAUAGACAUAGCCUUUACACCUGAUUUUACCAUGUCUAGAGUACAAAGAACAUUAACAAUUUUUACGAGUUUAGGACAGGCUUUUAAUUACACGCUACAAGCGACAGUUCCAAUACAUACUUUAUCAAAAUGUUCGUCAUCUUUACCAAGACCAAAUUGGGAACCUGUUCUUUACUAUUCCAUAGUCUGUGUUAUGGGAUUUCUGCUGUUUUGCAUCUUAGUCGCAUCAUACUUUGAAGCAGAUAGGAUUUUUGUCGCUGAUAUUUUGAAAAGAAAAGUAAAAUUGUGUAACGGAACUCCACCUUAUCAAAGGGAUAAAAUAUUUGAUUUAAAGGCUUUAGGGGCAAGCACGUACAUUAAUGGUAUAUCUCCACCACCUUCUCCGCAAAAUAGGAUGAUGCUGCCACCAAGUCUAUUGAAUAAGGUACCAAGACCGAACCUAGACAUACCUAAUGGUCAUAUUGAACAUAAAGUACGGGACUCAAUAUGGAUGACGAUUUCAAGUAUCUUGAAAAGCCUGUUUGUUAGAAAACCAGCGGCCAGAAAGAGACCUGCAAGUAAUGUUGAAAGCCCACCCACCCUGGCACCUAGUACACCAGAUAGUUCUCCCAGUACUGAACAGAAUCAUGUCCAGCCUGAAAAGGAGAUUAAACCUGUAGUGCAUGAAAAUAUAUCCCCUGAGAAAUCCACUAAUACUGCUUCAGCCAAUCCUCAGCAGCCGCAGAAAAUAACACUGCGGAAAACGAAGGCAGCUAAACGUUCUCAUACUGAGGCUACGCCCAGCCCUAAUGCGCAAGCAACAUCAAGUUAUGAGAGGAAACCUAGCAAGUCAAACACUACAGUUACUGAGAAGAAGGUAACAGAAACACCAGCCACUGUGCAGACAGUGACGCCAACCCCGAUUGUGACGAAACAAGAACCAACAAUGAUAUUAGACUUUGAAGACACCAAAAUUGACAUUAGCAAGGCGGGCAAGGGUCGUAAGAAGUUGAAGAGUCGCCAGGAGCGUGACGUCCUAGUGAAGGAUCGCCUAGCACAGCGUCCCGCAGAGGACAAGGAUGAGACCUCUUCAACCACUACUGAGUCUUCUACGGGAGACAUUGAUGAUAAGCCUGCAAGCCCAGCCCCACAAGUGAGUGAGAGCCCAGAGCCCACCCCGCCCCAGCCAAAGGCAAGCCGUAAGAAGAGCAAGGGGAAGAACCUUGAACCCCUCAUCAUGCCGACGGACGAAGACUUUGAACUAACCUCCAAGUCGCGUGCCUACAAGAAGAUUAAGGGGCAGUAUGGCGGAGAAAUACCAACCAAGAGUGGAACAUCCCUGGAAAUUGACCUACCCUACAACAUUGAGAAGACGAAGAACAAGAAAAAGAAGACUAACAACGCUAACAAUGAUUUGGACAAGUUGACAAAAUCCAAGCCGAAAGGUUACGGCCUAGACCAUCUGGACGAUAUCACCUUGGAAACGCACCUGUCUGAGAGUGAUUCUCCUGCCCCCUCGUGGGAUGAGCCCCACCCCGCUUCCCCUUCGGAUGACUUUAUGGAGUUGUCAGUCCAGACAGACAAGUUUGCCCGGGGCGAGGCGAAGACAACCGACGCGAUUUCCCCGCCCAGUAACCUGUCCCCGAACGGACUGACAAGCUUAAGUCGCUCGAGCAGCUACUCCAGCAUUGUUAGCAACAGCAGCGGUGAAACCAAGGGUGAGAAGACCAAGGGAGACAAGCGCUACCCAGCUGGGUUCACUCCCUUCAGCAACACUGGUAUCGAGGUGCCCCUGUCAACUGCAGUGAACAGCAGGAAGAACGCCUGGGGAACUGGAUCCAACACUGCCCCUGGCACUCCUGAAACACUAGGCGGGUUUGGUCUGCAGACAAUCACUGAGGGAAACACUCUGACCAGUCCCCAGACAAGCUUCUCCUUUGGACUGCCCACACCCAGCUCUACCACAGAUUCUGGGUUUGGAUUCCCCCAGGCUUCAACUGGAUUUGGGAGCCUGUCCAGCGAUGAGCACCUGACAAUGAUGCAGAAACUGCAGCUGGAGCGGAAACAACGUGUCCUCGCUCACAACCAGCAGAAACGCAUCACUGGUUGGCCAGGAUUCGAUGAGCCCCUGCCAAGCAACACGCCCGCGACCCUAUGGGAGAACGAGUACAACCCCUUUGACCAGGGCAUGGCGUGGGCUACGGCCCCAGACACACCUCCUGAAUCUAGUCAGGCGGGCAUAUGGAGCACCCUGACGAACAGCGCCAACAGCAGCUGGAACUCUCUAUUGGGAAUAUGGGGCGGGGCGUCAACCAGCACCAGCCCCACCCCCCUCACCACUACCCCGAACUUCAACCUGCCUGGCCCCAGCCCCAGCAACCAGGACCAGCCCCAAGAGAACCUAUUUGAUCCCUUCAACUCUCCCAUCUGGGCCCCUAAUGCUUCUACGGGCUCCACUGGAUGGAACCUGCCUGCCCCUGGCACACAGGCCCCUAACGAUGAGGGGCUGUCCAAUUAGGGGCUCACAGGGAAAUGUGGGACAUUGAUGAAGGAGCUGUGUCAUUUAACAUUUAAUUACUUAAGUAUCUGUUAUGAACUGAUUAUGAAUACAGAGCUUUUUCAAUAGUUUUAUCUUUAAGUAAGAAACUAGAUAAUACAGGAACAAAUAGUCAAUGUGAUUGUUCACUAAUUAUGAUAUUAAGAAAAUCAGCUGGCCAGCCUUGUUUUCUUAGACACUUAUUUUCAAAGGCAGUAUAUUAAUAAAAGUUUUAUACUCUCUCUGUGUCUGACAAAACAAGGUCAUUUUAAGGUGUAAAUGAUCAUUUUAACUACAUGCUUAGGUGUUUUUAUUCUUGUUGAUGAUUUUAUUAUAAAACAGUUUUAAUUGUCAUUGCAGUCCCCCUAUCAUUAAAAAGAAUUUUAAAUUUACCCCUACCCUGUUGUAGGUUUGAAUAUAUAGUAAGAAUUUGAAAUAAUUGACUCAUUUAAUAUAUAUCAAAUUUCUCGAUUUUAUAUCAGGAAAGAUUUUAGUAAUGAUCGGUAAAUAAUUUGCUACAUGUAUUGCUACUAAAACAAGAAUAACAUCAUCUUCUUCAACUACUUCAACUUCAAUAAUACUACCACGACAGAAACAAUUAAGCUACAUUAUUAUGCUUAUUGCAUACUAAUUAGGCAACUACCGGUACUUGUGUAAAAAUAAAUCCAUGUUUCAAAGAAAGUAUUUUUUUAAAAUGAAAAAAUUUGGCACGUCUUUUUGUUGCAAGUUACUGUUCUGCUUUAUGACAGUUUUUUUUUUCAGGAAAAAUAUUCCUAUCCGAUCUAACGGUUUAAAAAUAAUCUUUUGUCGUAUAGUUUGAUAUUAUGAUAAAAUUGAGUUUCAAUCUAGGUUAUUGAAACUUGUUUAUUAGCUAGUUUUGCUCUUAUUCCUGCAUAUAUGUAUAUUUUGUAACCCUUCACAAUUCAAAUUCUAUUGUUAUUAGCAAUGUAUAAUAUCAGAAUAUGUGUGAGGGUUUCUAUAUAUUGUUCGUUUGCUGUGCCAGCUGUUUUUCUUCAUUAGUUAGAGUGAUAACAUACACAUUGCAGUCGUUGUACACGGACUAUUGUGACUUUUCUACCCUAUAUUGUGAAGUCAGCUUCAGGGGGAACUAAGCUAUAUGUACAUGUGUGUGUGAAAUAACCUACAUGUAAAUAUACAUGUAUAAUUAUAUGAACUAAUAUGUGUACAUGUAUUACACCAAUUUUACCAGUGCUUAUAAUUUAUGCACAAUAAUAAAAGCAAUAAUGGUUUGUAAGCUGCACAUAACUAUUUAUCUUUAAGCCUUUGAUGAUUUAUUGUAAUCAUAUCCCUUAGUGACCCCUGAAGCUGAUCUUCACUGAUGACAUGAAUAAUUAUUAUGACAUAUGAUACACAUGUUAUAAACAGUGUGACGACAGUCCUAAGAAUUGAGGCUUGACUGAUAAACGUCCUAGCAAGGUUUAAACUUAUUGAUAGAUAAUGUCAACUAUCAGACAUGUUUAUUGAUACUUGUGUAUUACUUUUGCAACAUUAUUUCUUUCACUUUUGAUUUGUGGAAGAUUUAAUUUGCUAAAAAAUCCCGAACGAGACAUACCUGAAUUUUACUUGACAUACCUGAAUUUUACUUGAGAUAGAAGAAAAAGGAAGAAAAUGUUUGUUCUAAACUUUUAAAAGUAACGUGUAACUGAAGCACUGAAAUUUAGUCACUGGCUAUUAUUCACAUGUAAUUGGAGCUAGUUGAGAAUUGUUUGUUACAUCACGUGGAAUGAGUGUUAACGAUGGUGUUGGUAAGAACCAAAUUGACUGUUACCCAUGUUUAUGUGGCAAAUUGGCCAAAAAGGCAAUGCUACUUCAUUGAUUUUUUGUCUUCAACAGACUUGAAUCAUUUGUUUAUUUUUUAAGGUUAAAUGAAAUCUAGUUUUGUGAUGUAAAAAUGUCUGAUCAUGUUUUUCUGGGUGGACCUAACAGUUACAAGAAGUGCAUAUACAGAUUUCUUUGAGACUGUUUGCCAUAAAAACAUGCAACACACAUUAUGCAUUGUAAGGUUUAUUUUCAAGUUUUCAUUUGUUAAUUUUUUGUUAUUUUUAUUUCAAAACCAUUGGACUUUUUGUCCACAAUUUUUUUGUCUAGUCGUAUUUAACAAAGGAAUGUUAAAUGCUUACAUUUUUUUUCGUGUAAAAUUAUUGAAAUAAAUGGAACAUUUUUUUGUUGGUUUUUUAAUUAACAUUGUUGACAUAUAUUUUUUACAAGUUAAUCUUUUUUUGAAGUUUGAGUGUUGCAAUAUAAAGUUUGCUGGUCUGUACAUUUUUCAUUUUUAAUACCAUAAGGCAAUAGUGUUUCUAUUUUGUUGAAAUGUUUAUACCGAGAAGGUUUAAAGGUGUCUGAAGGUGUUUUGUGUUAAUUACAGUUUCACUUUGUAGAAAUGUGUGUUUUGACUUGUACAAGGUUUCCUAUAAUGACUUGAUAAUUGUACGGCAUGGAUGACCAUUUUGUUGACUGCAGUGUCGACUCGGGAUUACCUGCCCUUGUGUACUCCGUUGCUGAGGAUUGGCUUGAAACAUGUCUUAACUGCUUGUUUUCAAAAAAGGCCAUUGAUAAUGAAUAAAACAAUUACUGCAAUAAAA